AUGAGGAAGGAGGUGUGUUCCCUGGCCUUCCUCAGAGCCGUCUUCUCCGAGUUCCUGGCCACCGCCAUCUUCGUCUUCUUCGGCCUUGGCUCGGCCCUCAAGUGGCCGUCGGCACUGCCCAGCAUCCUGCAGAUCUCGCUGGCCUUCGGGCUGGCCAUCGGCACCCUGGUGCAGGCCCUGGGCCCGGUCAGCGGAGCCCACAUCAACCCGGCCGUCAGCAUCGCCCUGUUUGUGGGGAACCAGAUCUCGCUGCUGCGGGCCCUCUUCUACGUGGCCGCCCAGCUGGUGGGGGCCAUCGUCGGGGCCGGGAUCCUCUAUGGCGUCACUCCGGUCAACGCCCGCGGGCACCUCGCCAUCAACUCUCUCAACAACAACACGUCAGUGGGCCAGGCCGUCGUGGUAGAGAUGAUCUUGACUUUCCAGCUGGCCCUCUGCAUCUUCUCCUCCACGGACAGCCGGCGCACCGCCUCUCUGGGCUUUCCGGCCCUGUCCAUCGGCCUUUCCGUCACCCUGGGUCAUCUGGUCGGGAUCUACUUCACAGGCUGUUCCAUGAACCCCGCGCGCUCCCUGGGGCCGGCCGUCAUCAUGAGGCGCUUUACCAAGGCGCAUUGGGUGUUCUGGGUGGGUCCCAUCGUUGGGGCGAUCCUGGCUGCCGUGUUCUACUUCUACCUGCUGUUCCCCAACUCCUUGAGCCUGGAGGAACGCGUGGCCAUCAUCAAGGGCUCCUACGAGCCCGAAGAGGACUGGGAAGAGCAACGGGAGGACCAGAGGGAGGAGCGGAAAAAGACCAUGGAGCUGACCUGCCAGUGA